CUAACUUUUUCUGAUGACUUUGAGCAUCUAAAAAUAGAAAAACAAAUUAUAAGAAAAGCCAACAUUUGCGACAAAAUCAAAAAUAUCAUUUAUUUUAUUAUUUAUAAUACUGAAGAAAAACUUUAUAUGAUAAUUAUAAAUAAGGUUGCUUGUUUAUAUGCUAUUAGCUUAAUCAAUUAUGAAAAUAAGGAUAAUAAAGUAAAGAUAAUAGCAGUUAAAAGAUUUUUUGACAUGGUCGAAUUUUAUCAAUCAAAAGAAGAGGCUAAUAAAAAAGCUGAAUAUAUUAAAGAAAAAUAA